UCUGCAGCCACUGAUGCUCUUCGUGGACACUCUGUAGUGCAAAUGAGACGGAUUCAAUCUAUCUUAAUCGUUAUAUUGUGCAUACAUUUGUUGUUUUGCCCCGAACGAGCUUACUUUGUGAACUCUCCGAUAAAAAUUUGAUAAACGCGCCGUCGUUUCAUCACAAUGCCGGGCGAUUAAAUUAUGUUUCGGUGAUUUCUUGAGCCACGUGAGCGCAUCCGGUCAAAAGGUGGAUUUUAGUUGAAGAAUGUUUGAGAAACUAGUAGGCUGAUUUGGUAGUUCAUACAGAGUCCGAUGUAUGACAGUUUGUCACAGUAAAACGUGUAGGUUCAACCUUUUGGGACUGUUCUUUAAGAAGUAGUCCACCUAUUUUGUGAGGACGAUGAAGCAGUACAACCUAUUAGCAGCUUGCCAGGGGUCUCGAGAUUUGGCAUAAACAAAUUGAAGGAACAUUUGGACAGUGUCGUACGGAAUGGCCUACAGUCGAUUUUAUUAUUUGGGGUCAUAGAGAAUAUUCCUAAGGACGAAUUCGCAUCAAAUGCAGACAGUUUAAAAAACCCAGUGAUACGAGCCCUGCCUCUCCUCAGAAAGUGGUAUCCUGAUCUAACCAUAGCUUGCGAUGUCUGCUUAUGCCCAUAUACAUCGCAUGGACACUGCGGUAUUCUUAAUAGUGACGGAAGUAUCAAUAAUCCCUCCAGCAUCGAUAGAAUUUCCGAUGUUGCCCUCUCAUAUGCUAAAUCAGGUGCCCAUAUUGUCGCCCCAUCGGACAUGAUGGAUGGUAGAAUUGGUGCUAUCAAAGAAAAAUUGAUCAAACAUGAUCUAGGAAAUAAAGUUGCUGUGCUAUCGUAUACGGCGAAGUUUGCCAGCAAUUUUUAUGGGCCUUUCAGGGACGCAGCAAAGUCUGCCCCGACUUUCGGCGACAGAAAAUGCUAUCAGCUGCCUCCUAGUAGCGCGGGUCUACCUCUUAGGGCAGCUCAAAGAGAUGUGGAAGAAGGUGCUGAUAUGCUGAUGGUGAAGCCCGUCAUGGCUUAUAUGGAUGUCUUGAAGUCUGUUAAAGACGCGUAUCCUAAUCAUCCCAUGUUUGUAUAUCAGGUGUCUGGAGAAUAUGCUAUGAUAUACUGGGCAGCACAAAAAGGCGUUUUUGAUCUCAAAGUAGCGUUGACUGAAAUAUUUUCAUCUCUUAGGAGAGCAGGUGCAGAUGUGAUAAUAACCUAUUAUACCCCCCUCAUAUUGGAGUGGUUGCAGUUGAAGCACAAGCUGUAAAUGCAGAAAGAAAAAAUAGACAACUUUAUUUUGUUUUUGGUAUGUGCGUUGGUUAUGGUUAUUGUUUUUUGUUGACUAAUGCCAAAUGCAUUUAGUAAACUUUAUAUUAUUUAUGGAGUUUUGUUUAUAUCCCUUUCUGAUUCGGGCAUAGAAAGCGGCACAGAAGCGU